AUGCACUUCCCACUUUCUUUCAUCAUCGCAGCCCUCCCCUUCAUCACCGUCUCGAGCGCGCAAUCGGUGUCCGACUCCCAGUCUGUAACCUCCCAGUCCCAAUCGCAAUCCCAGUCGCAGUCAGCUUCUUCCAGCUCCCCUUCAUCCAGUGGAACCCCUGCUGGAGGAGGCGGAGGUAGCUCAGGGUCGUUUGACUUCCAAGAGUAUUUGGCUUUCCUGAACCAGUCCGGCUACACGUCGCUCUCGAGUGCGCUUCAACAGGCCAGCCAGAACGAUCAAGGUCGUCAAUGGAUCGAUCAGCUCAGCCAGAACCGUUGGACUGUCUUCGCACCAACCAACGACGCCUUUUCCUCAGUCCCUCAGAACGUGUCAAGUGACCCAGCGACACUUUCUGAUUACCUCGCCUACCACUACGUCUACGGAGACUUGCACAACGCCACCAGCGGCGCUGUUGGUGGGGGUGCUGGCAAUGGCGGUCAGCCGUCUACUGCUAUGUCCACUGGUAGUCAUACUGGCAGCUCUACUGGAACUGGCGCUGGCGCUGGAGGCUCUGCGUCUCAGACUGGAACAGGAGCGGGUGCUGGUGGAUCCCCAUCGCCGACUGGCACAGGUGCUGGCGGUGGAGGCUCUCCAUCUGCGUCCGGAUUCGCGUUGCAUCACCUCUUCUCCCGACAAAAUGGUGGCGACACGACGCAUCCUGACCUCUAUUCUGGUAUUUAUCCCAACGACACCAUUGGUCGUACUGCCCUUCAGUAUCGCCAGGGUGGCCACGUCCGCCUCGAGGGUAACAAGGAUCAGGUCCUUGCAUGGACGCGGUUCUCACCCAGCAACAAUGUUACUAUUCUCAACCAAAGGACUUCAUCGAACCAGAAUGUCACGGUUGGGAACAAUACUCGAUGGCGCAACUUGGACAUUUACCAGAUCAACGACGUCUUGAUCCCUCCCGGCAACGUCUCGCAGGCAGUUCAGGCAGUUGGCGACUAUCCCUUGCUGACCUUCGGCAACCAGGUCCAAGUUCCAGGUCCCAGCGGCUCUAACAUUACUAUCGUCCAAGCUUUGGAGAAUACGCAUGGCCUCACCCUCUUUGCUCCAGUCUCUUCCGCUUUCACUUCCCAGGCGAAUCAGACCUUGCAGAGUCUGCAACAGAACAGCCCACAGCAGUUCCUCAAUGGUGUCCACAACCAUUACAUCAACGGCUCGACUGUCUACUCUCCUACUCUCCGAGAAGUCGCGGCAAGCGGUAACGGCGGUGCUCCGUACACCAGCGCCGGUGGCCAGUACUUCUCCUUUACGACCAACAAUACCGGGCUGUACGUCAGCGUCGGCAACGACACAAACGCACGGGUCGUCAUUCCCGACGUUCUUGUCGAGAACGGAGUUAUCCACUUUAUCGACACCGUCCUCUUCCAGACCAACGGCAAUGAUGAGGUCGCCAGCUCUGCUUUCGCUUCAGCCAGCGCUGCUGCCACCGAGUCCUCGACCGACACGCAGGCGAUCAUCUUCCCCGAACCUACCGGCUCCGCGCCCGGUGGUCAGUCCUCGGGAACGACGACGACAUCGCAAUCCUCUUCUACGCCGUCAAGCUUCCGUGUUCGAAGAGGUAUUGCUGUCCUCUAA